UCCCCGAAACAGACACUUUCUACUUUCGAUUCUACAGCCGCCGCUGUUUUACCGUCUCUGCCUUUGUUUUCUUCAAAAUAAUUCAAAAAUCGAAGCAGAAACAAUGAAGAUGUUUCUUGCCGUCGCUCUGCUCUGCCUCCUGAGCGUCUCAUGGGCCAAAGAGUCUGAGCCAAAGGUCCAAGUGUACAGCCGUUCUCCAGGAGAGUUUGGGAAAGAGAACACCCUCAUCUGUCAUGUGAGCGGCUUCCACCCACCAGAGAUCAGGAUUGACCUGCUGAAGAACGGUGUGGAGAUCCCCAACAGCAAGCAAACUGACCUGGCCUUUGAGGAGAACUGGCACUACCACCUGACCAAACACGUGACGUUCACUCCAAACAAAGGAGAUCAUUUCUCUUGCAGAGUGACUCACAUGCAGAAAGUACCCAAGACAUACAUUUGGGAUCCAGAUAUGUAAUUUUACCCUCCUCUGCGCUGCAGGUCUGCAAAGUUGCAAGGAAAUGGAGAAGAUUGACAUUUUCUGCUUAUAAUCUUGUGUGUGCAUAAACCAGUGUGUAAGAUUUAGUGAUGCAUCUAGUGAUGAGGUUGCAGAUUGCAACCAUUUGAAUAAUCCACCAAACCCAAAACUCCAGUCUUCCAAGUGUGUAGGAAAACCUGCAGUGGCCACGAAACUAACGAAAAAUGCAAGACACCCUCUCUAGAGUCAGUGUUUGGGUUGUCUACUCUAGGCUACUGUAAAAACAUGAUGACCUGGAGGGUGACCCACUUGGUGAUUAUCCCAUAUUAGUCCGAAUAUAAGACAUGGUGGCUUAAAAGUAGGCCAAUUUAACCAGCAACUGAGUAACAGUAAUUUAAUGAGUGUUGUUGACAACUCGAGUACUUCCCUGUCUCUUGUCUUCUCCGCUGAGCUCCAUAUGUGUGUGGAGGAUCAGCUCCACCCGCGUUGAAGCAAAGGAGAGAAACUCAGCGCGACCAGAACUGACAGCAAAAUGCAGCAAAAUGCAUUUUUCUGUCGUUUAUGGUCGCGCUGAGUUUCUCUUCUCUCCUUUGUUUCACCGCGGGCAGGGCUGAACACUCUGCAGAUGUAUGUGUGCUCAGCGGAGCAGACAGUGAGCCAGGUGAAGUGCUCGAGUUGACAACUACACUCAUUACAUUACUGUAAAUGCAGUAAAAGUUUUGCAAGCAAAUAAGAGUAAUUUAAUCCAAGUUAUAAGAGUUUUUUUCCCAAGAAUUGAAGAGUUGUUGACAACUUGACUACUUCACUGUCUCUCGUCUGCUCCGCUGAGCUCCAUAUGUGUGUGGAGGAUCUGCUCCACCCGCGUUGAAGCAAAGGAGAGAAACUCAGCGCGACCAGAACUGAUAGCAAAAUGCAGCAAAAUGCAUUUUUCUGUCCUUUUUGGUCGCGCUGAGUUUCUCUUCUCUCCUUUGUUUCACCGCGGGCGGGGCUGAGCACUCUGCAGAUGUAUGUGUGCUCAGCGGAGCAGACAGUGAGCCAGGUGAAGUGCUCAAGUUGACAACCCCUAACUUCAUUCAUGAUAUUACUGUAAAUGCAAUAAAAGUUUUGCAAGCAAAUAAGAGUAAUUUAAUCCAAGUUAUAAGAGUUUUUUUCCAAGAAUUGAGGAGUUGUUGACAACUCGAGUACUUCCCUGUCUCUUGUCUUCUCCGCUGAGCUCCAUAUGUGUGUGGAGGAUCAGCUCCACCCGCGUUGAAGCAAAGGAGAGAAACUCAGCGCGACCAGAACUGACAGCAAAAUGCAGCAAAAUGCAUUUUUCUGUUGUUUAUGGUCGCGCUGAGUUUCUCUUCUCUCCUUUGUUUCACCGCGGGCGGGGCUGAGCACUCUGCAGAUGUAUGUGUGCUCAGCGGAGCAGACAGUGAGCCAGGUGAAGUGCUCGAGUUGACAACUACACUCAUUACAUUACAAUAAAUUCAGUAAAAGUUUUUCAAGCAAAUAAGAGUCAUUUAAUGCAAGUUGUAAGUCUUUUUCCAAAAAUGAGUCUUGCAAAUGUGGUUGUCUUAUAUUCGGGUCAAUACAGUACUGAUUAAAACAUUCUUAUGAAUAUUAUAUUAAAUUUCUGCCAAAUCUGUUCUGCUGAAUGGCACUAAAUCUUACACACUGUGAAACUUUGAAUAUCGACAAAUAUUGCAUUUACAGUCUAUCAGCAUGUGUUUUUGUAAAUGGGGUUAAAGUUUCAUUAAAUAAUUGUUGAGCACAAGAGGGCAUAAAGAAUCCAAAUCUCACAGCAAAGAGCCUUAUACGUCCACUGCUGCAAGUGUAUUAUUGUGUCCAUGAACCCGUCAGCUUAUAUCAUACAGAUUUAUAAAUGUGAAAUAAUUUGGGUUGAAAAAAUCUAAAUUGUCCCUCUGUGCUGCUAGUGAUGUCCUGUCAAAAGUUUAAAAGAUUAAUAUUUUGUAAUUUACAGCAGUGCUGACAUAGCCACUUUGUAUCAGGCUUAUUUUAUAUCCAAGGCUGAAUUUGUAAACUGAAGCUCAUGACACCCCACCCCCUAACCAUAAUUACUUUAUGUUCCAACCUCCUCUUUUUAAUUUUUUUUCUUUUUGAUAAAGCUGUUGAUUUUGUGCGACAUUAUUUUGUACAUUUAUUAUGUCCACUUGUUCUCCGGCUCAAAGCCUUAUGUUAUAUUUCUGUGCAAAAUUAAAUUAAAUUAAAAAACAAGCUUGCAAUCAACAUGUAAAACUGCUUUUCUCUAAGUAAAAACAACAUGCAUGAACUAAAAAAAAGAAAAGUUUUAAAUUAUGUUGAAUGUUAAAUUUUGGUGCCUGCAAGAUGAUGGAUGCUGGUCAUGGACACAAGUUUGGUAUAAGUGGCUGCACACAAAAACAAAGUCGCUAAUACAGUCACCGGCCACUUCAUUAGGUACACCUGUAAAAUCUAAUUCAAUCCAAUACAACAGCUCUGCCAUAAAUUCCACAUUUAUGAUUUUUUUUUACAUUUUCACUUUUUGUUGACAUUGUCAGGAAAAUGAUGAUUUUACUUAAUGUUUACUGAGGUCGUACUAAGUGAUGGUGGUGUCCUGGGUGCAAUCAUAUUGACUGGUGUUCCUAAUAUUUUGCCCCUCUCAUGUAUAUUAAUGGGGUGGACAAAAUAUUAGGAACACCAGUCAAUAUAAUGCACCCUAGUACACCACCAUCACCCAGUACGACCUUAAUAAUAAACAUAAAGCAGCAUUAUCACCUUUCUGACAAUGUCAACAAAAACUGAAAAUGAUAACCUUCAUAAAUGUAGAAUUUAUGGCAGAGCUGUUGUAUUGGAUUUGAUUAGAUUGUGCAGGUGUACCUAAUGAAGUUGUCGGUGAGUGAACAUCACCAUGAUAAGCAGUCAUCUUUUAAUUCAAAUAGAUGUUUGUAUAUAAAUUAAUAUGCGUAGUGCCUACAAACUUGAGUAUAAUACAUGCCUCUGUUGUUUCUGAAGAAUAUAUGUCAGUUUGUCACAAUUUCUUUUACUCUCAAUUUUGAAAUAAAUUUGACAAUGUAUGUUUCUGGCUGUACUCAAUAAAGAGUUCUACUGGA